AAUAAAUAACACGCGCGAGCGCGCACAGCAUACAUUCCUUCUUGCCUGUUAGACACCAAAAUGCUGGAUCUCAUCGGUCUCCUACAUUUGCACUUUAAUUCGCGGGUGAAUGGCAUGAUGAUAUAAUGUGCAAUAUUUGGAUGACCUUCUCAUCGGAAGCGCUGGGAAUGUGUCUCCAGUUUUUCCAGUUUGAUUUCAGGCAGCUGGAUACCCGCAAACCAUAAAGCAACUCUUCAAUGCAUCCCGAAACGGACGAAUGCUUAAAUAUUAUCAUCAUUCAUCAAAAUGGACUGUCUAUCACGCACUGCGUACUGGCCUCUUAUUCGCUUUCUGCUGCCACUAGCCAUUACUAAUAUAGCCAUAGACUUCGGAGAACAGGCUCUGAACAGGGGCAUCGCUUCUGUAAAAGAGGACAAGGUUGAGAUGCUGGCCAGCUAUGGUCUGGCAUACUCGCUUAUGAAGUUCUUCACUGGACCAAUGAGUGACUUCAAAAAUGUGGGACUCGUGUUUGUCAACAGUAAGAGGGAGAGAACAAAGGCGCUCUUCUGCAUGGCUGUGGCUGGGGUCAUUGCCAUGAUCCUCCACAUCCUCAUAGCUUACACAGAUCUGGGCUACUACAUCAUUAAUAAGCUCCACCAUGUGGAUGAUUCUGUUGGAAACAAGACAAGAAAGGCCUUCCUGUACCUCGCAGUAUUUCCAAUAUUAGAUGCAAUGGCGUGGAUUCAUGCUGGCAUCCUGCUGAAGCAUAAGUACAGUCUGGUAGUAGGAUCUGCCUCCAUCUCUGAUGUUGUUGCGCAGAUAAUAUUUGUGGCGAUCCUUCUCCAGAGUAACCUGGAAUGUUUAGAGCCUCUUCUUAUUCCCAUUCUGUCUCUGUACAUGGGAGCUCUGGUGCGAUUCACUAUCGUAGGACUGGGCUACUACUGUAAUGUCCACGACAACAUCCCUGAAUCAAACAGUGUCGAUCAGGGGGGCGAUGUCACCGUAAGGAAGAUGCUUAGUUUCUGGUGGCCGCUUGCCCUCAUUUUAGCCACUCAGCGCAUCAGCCGACCCAUCGUCAAUCUGUUUGUUUCUCGGGACCUCAAGGGCAGUGAUGCAUCGACUGAAGCGGUAGCAGUCCUCACAGCUACAUAUCCGGUGGGUCACGUGCCCUAUGGCUGGUUAACAGAACUACGUGCCGUCUAUCCAGCUUUUGAUAAGAAUAACCCUACCAAUAAGUUAGCCAGUGGUCUGGCGGCAACCACAUCACACAUCAAGAGGUUCACUCUCUGCUGUUUUAUUCUCUCCUUAACGAUGUGUUUCAUUAUAUUCUGGACCCCUCAUGUUUCUGAGCGCAUCCUGGUAGAUGUCAUCGGGGUGGACAUGGCCUUCGCACAGCUCUGCAUCAUUCCACUGAGAGUUUUUUCCUUUUUCCCUCUACCUGUUACAGUUCGAGCUCAUCUAACAGGCUGGUUAAUGACGUUGAAGAAAACAUUCGUCCUGGCACCUAGUUCAGUUCUGCGCAUCAUUGUGCUCAUCACCAGCCUUCUGGUGUUGCCUUACAUGGGGGUGCAUGGUGCCACACUGGGAGUGGGGUCUUUAUUAGCAGGAUUCGUGGGGGAAUCCACCAUGGUCGCAGUGGCUGCCUGUUAUGUAUACCGAAAGCAGAAAACCCCAGAAGCAGGAAUGGUUGUGGAGGAAGAUAACUCUUCCCCAAUGACUCAAGUCACUACCAGGACGGAGUUAGAUGUCAUUGAAGAGGCUGAGAAUGAGCCGAUGGAAAGAGAAGACGAGUGAAUCAAAUCAUGGAAAGGAAAAAAAAAAGGGUAGAAUCCUGUAUACAUGGUUUUUCUUUCAUUUGGAGAUGGUGAAAAGUUGGAUAUCUGCAGCAGUGCAGUGUCUUGGAUUUUUGACAAUGAGUGUUAACUAGUACUUUAUUCUAUGGAACUGUUUCUAUAUUUCUACAGUCUCUGCAUUACCCCAGUGGAACAGUGAGACUGACUGGUGCUUGUAUGGGGUAGAAUGAGCAGAUUUGCAUGUCUACAUUAAAUGCACUCCUGCACUUUUUGAACUGAGGCAUAUUUACAGAUGUCUUCCAGAGUUCCUGUUCUGCAGCCUGUGAACAUUUUUUGCCAAAAUAAACCCUCACAUCGGAAAAUAAAUUCUUGGAGAAAGAGUGCUUCAAAAACAGGCUUGAAGUGACACAAUCUGCUGACCCUGAGACAUUACUGUCCGUUUUCCUCUUGCAUUGAGACGCACAAUGAACAGUUACACUUUGAGUGUAUUAUAACUUGCUUAACAGGAAUAUCUUUUACUGACUUGGCACACAGACUAGAUUUGAUAGUAGAUUUCAAUUGAUUUAUUUUUGUAUUCACUACACAAAUGUUGCAUACUUUGCAAAUGUCACUAUGGAGUUAUAGUACAGUGGACUAUUUAUUUGAGCUUUUUUGAACACAUGAACAUCAUUUGAUCCAGUUUUCUGUGCUGAGACCACAUUAUAGAAUCCAUUUUAUUUCACUUUCCAGAUCUUAGCAAUUUACUAUAAGCUUUACUUUCAAUAUCUCUUUUGUCAAAAUACUAAAUCAAUGUAAUUUUGAGUUUUUAGGGCCUGCUUUACUUGCUUUAAGGCCUCUUGUUAGUUGUGGCCUAACUGAAUGACAGAUUAUAUGCAUAUAUAAAUAAAGCUCAUUAUGAAGGCAUUAAUGUA